AGCGUCAAUCAAAUUCAAAUUACAAAACGAAAACGAUUUUAUUUUGAAAUUAAAGUUUUUUUUUGCAAGUUAUUGAUAGAAAACACUAUGUAUGGUACCAAAUAUCCGAUAAACUGCAACUGCAUCAGCUGCACGAGUGUUUAAGUUCAAUACAGUCAUUGUAUACACCGAUUUCCCGCGGAAAGUGAAACUUUCGCUGCGGUUACGUUCACAAUAGCACAAUGCUAUCUUCAUCUAAUAUAGAAAGGCUAAUUGCAGAGAAAAGGCAUGAGAUUGAGAGGGAGAAAUUAGUGAUGGGUUUAUCGCCGCCGGUUAAUGAACAAGUCCACCAAAAUGUCAAACAAGACACAGAUACAACAGAUGUCAGAAAGCAAGUAAGCUUCACAGAUAUCGGAGAUCAGAAAUAUCACAAUGACUCCACAGACCACCAGAAUGAAAAGAAUUUAUCAGAUACAAAACACCAGGAACUUGAUGACAGCAUACCACCAGAUCUAGAGAGAUAUAUUAGGCGCUACGUAGGCCUGCCCGUGAUGUUGAAGGCCGGCGAAUACUCUCCCAACAACCCGCUGGUGCGAGCGGAACGGGCGCCGGGCGACGCUCUACUCGGGCUCGGCGAGUACGAGCGACGUCGCAACACGCUGCGCAAGAUACGUCAGCAGCAGUACCGGGAGUACUUGGACCAGCAAGCCAAAAAGAAACAAGAAGCCAAAGAGCAAGCAGAAAGAGAGCGUCGCGAGCGAGAGCAGAAGAGAGAGCGAGAGAGGGAGAGAAUACUGCAAGAACGAGAGAGAUAUAGCGCGGAGCGACGACGCAGCAUCCAAUAUGUGCCAGAGACAACCAGUUACUCUACCAAUAAGGUGGACACGGGUAUCCAGGUGGACGGGUUCUCCUGUCCGCUCUCCGUCGCCGUGCAGACUGAUGACAGCGAUAUGUUCCGGCUGCCUGGUCCGAACACGUUGUGCGAGUUAACGCAAGCGGAGCGCGAACUGUCCCCGCGCAGCGCGGUGGGACACUCGCAGUGGCAGGACUCGCACUGCGCUAGACGACGUAGCUAUGGAGAUUUUGAUGAGCGCACAUCAACGUUAGUAAAGAAGUCAAACCGAGACAAGUUAACAUCAGAUCUGCGUCACCAGUACAUGCCUUCCAUAUUCGAUGCAGAUGCCAUACAGCUCAGGAACUUACAGGCCGAGAAAGAGGCGGCUGAACGUCGACAGUUCUACCAACAGGAGCUAAAGAACCAAAUACUAGAACAACAGAGAAUUAGAGAAGAGAGGAAAACUAGAGAGAAAAUGUUGGAGCAAGCAGAGAUGCGUCGUUUAGAGGAGCAACUGCGCAUGUUACGUGUGGCGCAGGACAGGGAGAUCGGGAAACAGAAAGAUAUUACUGCCAAUAUUAAAGAAAGCUCCGCAGACUACCACUCCAAACGUACAGAGUUACAAAGAGAAAUAGAAGCCGAACAACGCAACCUCCGCGCCGCCUCACUCCCACACAAGCACAACCAGAGACAACUACAACGCAACACUAAUACUUCACGGAGCGAUACCAACCCAUCUAAACUACCCUUCUUCUACCCCUCGUUACAAGAAAGAAAUAACGAAAUCACAGACAAAAAACCUUACUCAAUCAACAUACCGGACAACUCUAUAUUCUCAGCUAACUACGACGUAGAUAGUUAUUUACGAAGAAAUCUGAACUUCAAUAAAGAGAAAGAAAACCUAAAACGUACGAAAAAGAUGAUGAUAGCAUCAUAACUUUACAUGGACCUAAAACAAUUGUUGAAAAGGCUUUAGUUCAUAAUACUGAAGAUAGGUUUGACCGUCCCAUUGAAAAGGAACCGUCCUAUAAGAAAAACAUUGAAAAUGUCGACACACUACCUAUUCCUGUGUUGAGAC